AUGGAAAAUAAGAAAGAGUGGUAUGACAAAAUGUGCCUCGAGCCUACUCCAACUCGGAAUGUGAUUGUAGGCGUAGUCGGAAAGAAUAGCAGUGAGAGAUGGCAGGACUCACUCGCUAAAUCGGCCCAGGCCCUGUUAAAAACGAUGAAACAAGCCACUGCUGAAAUGGUUGGGAAGAUUCACAAACGAGACGCUGGGAAUGAGCAUGCCGGCAAAAAUUCGUACGACACUAAGAAACGACACAAAGAAAAGAAACUGGAUAAACUUCGCGCUUAUGGGAUGAAGUAUGGAUGCGGUUGUGUGCACUUUGGUUUCCACCGCUGUAUUCCAAAGAUGCCAGUGACUGAUAGGAUGCCUCUACGCUGCGCGUUAAGACAGAUCUUUCGUCAUUUUAAUUAA